AUGACAGGCCUAGGGCGUGCAGUUCUGAUGGUCUGCUCUGUGGACACUGAAUUCACGCCAUUGUUCAACAAGUUCUGCUUCGAGCUCGGACGGUAUGUCGGAGCUAAGGCCGUGGCCGCGGAGUACGAUCAGCGUAAGAACGAGGCCCUCCGUUGGGUUGAGUCUGGGUCUUUCGCUGAAGUUGCCCAUUGGGUCAAUGGCAAGAAAUCACCAGGUCCUGGCCACAGGGUAGGGUCCAAGAAGGAACACGAGAGUGAAACUUCAGCACGCUACGUCCGCGAGUCUCUUGCAAGCAUCGGAUUUCAUAUUCAUGACGGAAGGGUCACGUCAGAUGGCACUGGUGACCUUUCCAAGCUUGAUGGAACUUUCUUUGGCCUCUUGACUACUUUCAUUUCGAGGGGACAACGGUCAAAACCGAAGGUGGGAGCGGCGGUGCCCAUCCUCUCGCCUUACCAAGACUACCAGCUGUCGAAAGGGAGACAUGACAGUCGCAACUUCGGUUUCGGAGAAAUGGCAACUGCCAUUCUGUGCUCUGCGCAGGCGCACUCAAUCACUUGCGGUCUCCAGCGAUGGGAGGAUGCACCAUUCGAGGUGCAUCAGACGCCUUUUCCAUUUGACGCGAUCCGAUUCUUUCUCCGUAGGCUCCAUGUGAUGGGGUACCCAAUCGGCAACUAUCGGGCCAUUUACAACGGCGACAGGUGGGACCCUGCGGAUUACGCCAUGGCCGUCGAAGAGGUCAAGAAGCUGCCAUUCAGUGUGCAAACGUUUUUGGCCAACAUAAUGUUUGUUACAUGCGAUGGGAACGCGAAUAACCUCCAUUCAAGAACAGACUUGGCCCACAACAUGGACCGUGGCUUUGAGGAAGGCCUCAAGCAAUUGGGCGUUGGAGAGCCAUUGGUUGCCGAGAUGGUUCAUCGCAUGGUUGACGGCGAGGUCCUCAAACAGAAGAGUGGCAGAAAACUGCGGGAACCGGACGCUAUCAGAGCGUUGGGACCACUUGCAAAGCGAGACUGGGUCGAUUCCCCAGGUGCCUUCCUAUCAGGGUCGACGGAAGUCCUUUUGAGAAACCUCUUCUCGAACUCCGAAGGGCAGAGCGGGUACUCUAGCUUGCACGGCUUCGAUGAGAUGUUGUUGUCACCUGUCAUUGGAGAGGUCCUGAUGAACCCUCCAGUGAUCAAAGGCGGUGCCGCCCUGUGGAGUUGCAUGACUUACGAUGACGCCGACGAGAAGUACGCCGUUUCGUCACCGGCGCACGGCCCUGAUUGGAGCCUUGAAGGGCUGAAGACAUACCUUGAGUCACUGGAGUCACUGGAAUGGAAUGACCAAGCCGACGACAGUGACCAGAGCCUCAUCUCUCAAAUCGCAGCUCAAGUGGAUCCGGCUUUCCACAACCUCUGUGAUAGGAACAGUGUGAGGCAGCUCAUUUUGCGAUGGAAGAAGCAUUGA